AAUAUAACAAAAACAGGCAGCUGGAAGCUUUUAUAAUCAAUAAUCAAUCAAUUAACGUAAAUAUGGCAAAGAAAAUAAACAAACGAAGCGUUUCUAAUUUAAAAACUAAUAAUAGGAAAGAGAAAAAUAACAUUAAAAAUAAACCUAAAAAAGUUACCCCAGACGAAAAUUCUUCAACCCCAGCAUUCUCAUUUUCUAAUCGUUUAUCAAAAGUCGAUGGAAUACGUCCCUUUUCUAUCGCCGCCUUGGCGGUGCUGUUUGGAUUUUUCAACAGUUACCAUCAAGCAACUAUGUUUGAAAAUGACAGACAUUUUUCACAUUUAUCAACGUUGGAGAGAGAAAUGACUUUCAGAACUGAAAUGGGACUAUACUAUUUUUACUACAAGCGAAUGACAGAAUCACCUUCAUUUUUGAAUGGAUUGCAUCAAAUCAUGAAUGAUAAUCUCACAGAGUACCCAUCAACCAUUAAUACAUUAGAAAGAUUUACUUUGUACCCUGAAGUUGUACUAGCUGCUAGUUAUAGAAAUAUUCAGUCUAUAGCUAAUUUUUUAAAUAUCAGCAUCAAAGAAUGUUGGCAGGUUCUUAGAGGUGAUAAUUUACCACCUAUUGAAAGUUGUGAAGGUGUUGGAGAUCCAGCCUAUUUUUAUGUUACGACUGUGUUUUUAUUGAAUGGAUUAGUUGGAUCUUUGCUGUUUAUAUUUGGGACAAUUUUAAGUGAUUCAGUAUGUGGUGGAGCAUUAUCUGCUGCCUGCUUCUUUUUUAAUCAUGGAGAGUGUACUAGAGUUCAGUGGACUCCUCCUCUGAGGGAGAGUUUUGGUUAUCCUCUAUUUUUGCUACAAAUGAUGCUAGUUAGUUUGCUGUUGAAGUGCCAAAAACCUGUCUUUCAACAUUCACUCAUCAUUGCCAUUCCUUCAAUUUUAUUUAUGUUAUCUUGGCAGUUUGCACAGUUUGCUUUGUUAACUCAAGUUUUAGUUUUAUUUGGAUUAUAUCUACUCAAUUUUAUAACAUCUGAUGUUUUCAAGUCUAUUUUAAAUGGGCAUUUACUUAAUCUUAUUGUUGCAGUUGUAUUUUUGUUUGGAAAUAAAAUGCUUAUAGCCUCCUUUUAUGCAUCAACGCUUUUAAUGUGUUAUGUGAUAGUUACGAAAGAAAACUUUUUCAAGUUAUUUAACCACAGACUUUUGGUGAUGAUUUCGCAAGGAAUUUCUUUGAUGCUAGGAUGUGUUCUUAUCAAACUGCUUCUAUCAACAUUGUUGCAAGUCAAAGAUGAUGCUCAUAUUUGGAAUCUUUUAAAAUCAAAGUUUACUUCUUAUGAAGAUUUCCAUACUAUGCUCUACACCUGUGCAGUGGAAUUUGAUUUUUUGCCUUUAGAAUCUUUUGUUGAACUUACCAAGACACUAGUUUUGCCUUUUACAGUAAUCAUAGUAAUUAUUGUUCUUUAUCAAGUUUUGUUGAAAAACACGGACAACACCGAUAACUAUGAAAAUGCUGAAGUCAUGUACAACAUACUGCAGUCUUUUGCUUUUUUUGUAAUGGCUGCUCUUGUAAUGCGGUUGAAAUUAUUUUUUUCACCUCACUUGUGUCUUCUAGCCUCAUUGUCAAUGUCUGGAAAGUUUUUCAGAUAUUUAGAUGCCAAAGAAGUAAGAUUUUACAUUUUAUUCGGAAUUCUGGGUGCAAUGAGCGUACAAGGUGUAACAAAUAUCAAACAUCAAAGAAAUAUCAUUGGUGAAUUCAGCAAUCCUGAUUUAGAAGAGCUUAUAUCCUGGGUGAAUACAACUCUUCCUGAAGAUGCUGUAUUUGCUGGCCCAAUGCCUACAAUGGCUAAUAUUUUGUUAUCCACCAGAAGACCAAUUGUUAAUCAUCCUCACUAUGAAAAUUCUAAAUUAAGAGAAAGAACCAAGAAUGUUUAUCAGAUUUUCAGCAGGAAACCUAUCAAAAAAGUGUAUGAUACGCUACUGAGCAUGAAAGUUAAAUAUGUUAUUUUAGAGAGAAGCUGGUGCUUCGGGAGACGAAGGGAAGGCUGUGCAAUGGUGGAUUUAUGGGACAUAGAAGAUCCAGAAAAUAAAGACAAAGAAAAUCUCUGUCAACGGAUUGUUAAGAAUCCAUAUCCCUUUAGAAAAGUUUUCAGAAAUGCUAUGUACACAGUUUUAGAAAUUUAAAUAAGACUUCAGGCAAAUAAAUAUAAAUAAACUAACAUCAGGAGAAGCCAUUUUAGCAUAUCUCUUUAAAAUGUUUUUUACAGUCUUGCAUUUAGAUUAAACUAAGAGAAAGAAAAUAGAAUAGUUCUAAGUGAAAGAUCUAGUUGUUAGGAAGUGUAUUCUUAUCAUAUGGCUAUAUCUUGUCUUAAAUGCAUUUUUUAUAUUAAAUUUUAAAAAUCAUGACAAAUAUUAUAGCUUAUGCAAUUUUAACCAGUUUUUGUUUUUAACAAUCCAUUUAAACUCAUUUUUAAAAUAUUAAUGAAGUUUUUUUAUAAUAAUUUCACCUAAUUUAAAUAAAUUUUCAACUACAAAUUAAAUGAAAAUUCAAACAUAUAAUUCGAAAGUAAUCUAUCAUGCCUGCUUUAAUUACUUUCCUAAGUUGAUUAGAAUUGAAAAAAUUAUUAGCUAAUUCAAUAUUGUAAUCAAGCUACGUAACUUAUAUGGGAAACCAUGUAACCUAAUCAUUAAAACUCUCAGCAUGAUAGUCACUAUGUUAAUCAAAAUAAUAACUUAUUUUAAAUUAUAUUUUUUCCAUUCUGAAUUCUUUCAAAUUUGGAAAUGUGUUUUGUGCUUAAAAACAACACAUUUCUAAAGAAUAGUGUACUAUAUUCAUUGUUCAUUAUCAUAUGAAUUUUAAUCAUAAUGUUCAAAAGUUGUGGCAUAUAAUUAGCUCAUUUAACUUAGUUUAACUUAAUAACUAAAAGAGAACAGGGGGGUUUAUUACACUAAUAUCUCUAUUUUCUCCCUUUUUAAAUUUCCUAAUUUUUGUUUCAGUUAUAUACUUAAAACUUUAUGAGAAAAAUUUGCUCUGUUAAUUCAACUUAAAUAUAAAAGAGGAAGAUGACUACUCGAAAUAUUGUUUUUAUUUAAUUAAACUAUAAAAAAGAGGCCUUCCCAACAUUAAGUCCUUGUUUUUUCUACUCAACGUUUUCAGCUUUUGAAUUUUUGUUUUAAUAAUUUAUUUUUAAAAAAAAAUUAUUGUAAGUAACUUAACUUUUUUAAUUCAACUUGAUGACUGCAGAAAACCACUAAAAUUAUUUAUAACAGUAAAACUCUCCUGGAAAAGCAAAAUUCUGUUACUUUUUUGUGAUUACUUAAAACACCCUAAUUAUAAAUUAGCUCUAGUGUAUAUAAACUAAUACAUCAGAUUAGUGCCAACUGCUGAAAUACUUUAAUCAAAAUUGGAAAAAACAUUGUAAAAAAUUUUCUUCUAAAUAAUUAUUAAUACUUUUAAAUGUUUUAUUAUUGGAGCAAGCCAAAUUAUGUGAGCUUGUUUAUUGCUUGUGCCAUAUUUUUACAAUAGCUAAAUAAAUUAUACAAUAAUUUCAAAAUUGUAACGAUACACAUUAUUAUCUUGUUAGAUUAAGUAUUAUCUAAUUAAGUCUAUAAUUCUAAGACUAAUUCAAUUCUUAGUUUAAGGUAAGGCCUAGUUGCUGACUUUCAAAAUUAACAUCAUUUUCACUUGUUUUUUAGUACCUUUGCAGAGAAGGAUACACAAUUGUCAAACAAGCGCAACAAUUAAAUUAUGAAAGUUUUCUAUAGAAUAUUAUUUACUUUUCAUUUUAGUAACAUUUAUGUGUUUGCCUCUUUAAGCCUUUUAUUUUAUGUUCAAUUGUUUUUCGUUACGUAACUUAAUUUUAUUUAUAUUUAUCUGUUUUUUAAAAAUGUCAUAAAAUUAAAAAUCUGGAUAAUAAAUUAGUUCAGAUUUUAAUUUGAUUGUCAUUCUAUCAUUUAUCAGUUUAUUUAGUUUGCUUUGUCAAUAAAAGCACUGUUUAUUGUAUUUAUUUUUUAAUGGUUUAUGCAAUUUGUAUAGGUCAAGUGGAACAAAUUUUAGAUUCCAUUAUUUAAAAUUUGAAUUAAAUUUAGGAUACAGGCACCUAUAAUUUUUAAACUAAGAUCUGUAAAGCUUCCAAGCUUUAAUCUAAAAACUACUGUAGUAAGGAAAACCUAAUGUAAUACCAUUGCAGUGAGUAAAAUAUGCUACUAAUAAAAGACAAACCUCGAGCCAAGACUGGCUUUAUUGCUAUUCAAUGGCACGUUCUAUAAUUUUUUUAAAGAAAGAUUAGGUUUAUUUCUUACUUACAAAAACAAACUGAAAAUUAAAUAUCCAGAUGCUUAAAAUUAAAAUAAUCACGAAUAAAAUUAAACAAAUAAUAAAUUUAGAUUUAAUAAAUGACGCUGACAAUUGAGAAUUAUAUUCCAACACUCCCUCCAAUUUUUACUUGUCAAGAAAGUAAAACAAUUUUUAAAAAAUUAUAAUCUAGCAAAACAAGUUUUUCAAAUCUGUCUCUAGGUAAAGCCUUAGUGGAACAUAUCAGCGAAGUAUUCAUUACUGUUGAUAUAUGCAAUUUUCAGUUUUAUUCUGACAAAGUGGAACUUGAUGUCGAUGUGUUUAUGAUAAACAAGAUGUUUGUUAUUAAUUUUCAUGCACUUUGAUUCAGGGUUUAAGCUGAGUCUAAAAAUUCAUUAGCAAAAAAGCUAAAAUCUGAAAAAAAGUUUUAGCAAAAUGCUAAAAUGCCAUUAGGCUUAUAAAAUUACUUUAUAUCAAACAAGUACUGUAAGUUAUCUGACAAAGAAUAGCUUAAUGUACAAGAAUAUCAAAAAGAAUACCUAUAACAAAAAAAAACACAUUUAUUAUUUAUCAAAACAUUUUGGUUUAUACAUUUUGGUUUUCGUGAACGCUAGCGUCAUGGUUCUUCUUGCGAAAGAUAUUUAGAUUUUUUCUCCUUCUUGUUUGAUCAAGUUUUUUUCAUGGAUGUUAGCGUCAUGGUUUUUAGCGGAAGCUUUUUUUUUAAUGGAAUUUAGUAAAAUCCUUUAGCAUAAAUGCGAAAAUGUUUUGUUGAAUUUUAGCAUUUUUGAGGGGUCUUUUCGCAUUUUGCGAAAAAAGCUACCGUAGCGGAAACCCUGCUUUGAUUAUCAAUAUUCACAGAAACACCAUCUGUAUCAUACAUUGAUGAUUCACUUAUGUCACCAUAUAAUCCCUUUAACAGCUGUGGAUGCUGUUACGUAUUCUGAUUCUGUGAUUGAUGUUGAUACAGAAGAUUGCCAACUGGUACACCAUGUGAUCACACCACUUGAUAACAUAUCCAGUAGUAUAUUGUUUGGUAUCCAUGUCUCCUGAAAAAUCAGCAUUAGAGUAACCUACAAGAUGAGGAUUUUCUGAUUCUGCUAUAUACUAUGAUGUGGGGUAGCUUUUAAAUAUUUCAUGAUUCUUUUUACAGCAUUCCAAUGCACUUGACUAUAGAUAUUUUUAAACCUACUAACAAGAUUUAUAAUCUAUAUAAUAUCAGGAUGUGUGGAAGUUGAAAGAAAUAAUACUGAUCCAAUAACUUCACGAUACAGUACACAAUUUGCUUCUGAAAUCAUAUUAGGCUCAGAUUAUAGAUUGACAUUGGAAUCUGUUGGAAAACUAACUGGAUUGCAAUCCUCAAGGUUGAACUGCUUCAAAAUUUUCUUAAUAUUGGCUUGUGAGUGAAUAAAAAUUGAACCAAAGAUUUCUCCAUCUUUACAUUGUAAGAGAAUAUCAUCAACAUACAGUAUAAGAAAAACUUUUCUACUGUGGAAAACACCAUGAAAUAAACAAGGAUCAGCUACACUCUGCUUAAAUCCAAAGUUUAACAAGAAUUCAAAAAAUUUCUUGUUCCAACAUCUUGAUGAUUGUUUCAAACCAUAUAGAGAUUUUCUUAACUUAAAUACUAAGUGUGCAUCAAACAUGGAGGAAGUAGCUAGUAUACUUCUUCACUAAUGUCACCAUGCAAAAAUACUGUCUUUAUAUAACACUGCAAUAUGUUUAACCUUUUCUGUGCAGCAGUUGUUAGAAUAACUCUUAUGUCAUAUCUUGAUGUUAGAGAAAAUGUUUCUUUGGAAUCAACUCCAUCUACUUGUGAAAACCCUUUGGCACACAGCCAAGCCUUGAAACAUUCAAUAUCUCCAUUGGGUAAAUACUUAAUGUUGAAUACCCAUUUUGAUUCAGUUAUAUUUUUCUCUUCUGGACAUUCCACUAAUUGCCAAGUGAUAUCAGUUCCUCCUUUAUUGCAUCUUUCCAUUCCUUUGACUGAUGUGAGUGCACUGACUGCUUCUUCAUAUGUUUUAGGGGUUUUAGUAAAGUUUACAUCAUAACGUUUAGAAAUUCUUAAAUUUUUCAGAGUCUCAAACUAUAGGAUGAAGCUUCUUUUUUAUCUGAAUUUUGUGAUUCAUUCAAUACUUCAUUUUCAUUCAUUACUGGAUCAAGUUCAAUUUCAUAAUCAUCAAUUUCAUGGCAUCAUCUUGAUAUUUAAAGUAAUCAGUCGAAUGAAUCUCUGAGCUCGAGUAUUCAAUAAAUUUAACAUUUCUUGAAACUUUUACAGUUUUUGAUCUUGUAUCACAGAGUCGAUAAUUUGUUAAAUUACUUUCAUAUCCAACAAAAAUUAUUUUGAUACCUUUUGGUGAAAGUUUCUUGUGCUAUCGGUCAGGUACAUGAAGAUAUGCCUCAAAGCCGAAAAAGUUUUGAGUGCUUUAAUGACAUUUGUUUACCAGUCUACAAAGCUGCAGAUGCAGGAGUCUGACUAGUCGGUGCACGAUUCAUGAUAAUCAUAGCUGUGUUAACUGUUUAAGCCCAUAAAAAAAAUGGUAAUUUUUUACUAUGUAACAUUGAUAUAGCACUAUCCAUUAUUGUUCUUAUGUUUCUUUCAGCUCUUCCAUUCUGCUCGAGAGAGUAAGGAACUGUGGUUUCAAGUUCAAUGCCUUUUUCUUGAACGAAACCUUUAAAAUUAUGAUUUAUGUAUUCCUUUCCAUUAUCUGUUCUCAGCGCUUUAUAUUUGUAGAUUGUUUAUUUUCACACAGGGAAACAAAAAUCUUGAAACCCAUCUAAUGCAUCACAC